AUAUUACGGGGUGGAACGGAGCGCUCUAGUUGGUGCAUGGAUCUCUGGUUUUGGCUGGUGUUCAUUAUGAUCGUGGCGCCGACCGUUCCAGGUUCCGCUGCAGGGACUGUGGGUGUUAACUAUGGCCGCUUAGCCUCAAAGCUUCCUUCGCCUGGGGAGGUUGUCGAGCUUGUUCGAUCUCUCGGGGUGACAAAAGUUAGGAUCUACGACACUGAUGCGACCGUUUUGCAGGCCUUCGCCAACACAAGCAUCGAACUGACAGUCUCGGUUCCUAACAACGAUAUACCGGCUCUUGCUACAAACAUCAGCACGGCCCAGAACUGGGUGAACAGCUCCAUAUUAUUGUUUUAUCCGCAGACGAAGGUCACAACUAUCUUGGUUGGCUACGAGGUGUUAACGGCUGGACAGCAUAUUAUGCCAUAUCUCCUUACUGCUAUGGAGAACAUACAUUCGGCUCUUGCUACUCUAAAAAUCGACUCACAGGUGAAGGUCUCUACUACUCACUCGCUAAACAUUCUCAACAUGACUUCUCCGCCGUCGCUAUGCUCCUUCGACCAUGAAGCAAUCGUCAGACCUUUGUUACAGUUUCUAUCGAAAACGGGUGCUCCCUUUAUGGUUAACAUUUACACUUUCUCGACGUUUCAGCAGGACAAGGGUCGGAACUUUCCCGAGUCAUUCGCGUUGCUGAAACCCACUGGCUUCGUGGUCGUCGAUCCCAUUUCCAGGCUACGGUACGAGAAUUUGUUCUUGGCUCAGCUGGACGCGGUUUACUCGGCAAUUGAUAAUUUCGGUUUCAGUGACAUACAGGUGGCUGUCUCCGAGACUGGGUGGCCGUUCACUGGAAAAAGUGGAGCAAGCGUUCGCAAGUCAAGGUCUUACAAUCAACACGUUGCAAGGCUUUGUCUCUCGGGUGCGGGGACCCCUCUGGUCCGUGACAGACCGAUCGAAGUGUUUAUCCACUCGCUGUUCAACGAGGAUUUGCAGCCGUCAUCACUGGGUACUUUCGGGCUUUACUUCACCAACAAGUCGAGGGUGUUUGACUUCGAUACUCGCACCUUGCAGCCCUCGAAGUAAGUUCUAUGAUCAAAUUUCUUUUUUAGGCUUCUUCUCUGUUGAAUGAAGACUCGAGGCUUUUAUUGUCAGCUGAAACACGUCACAGUGACUUCGAGAAUGCUAAAUUGUCUCGGUUGGUUUGCUUCACACCAUCGAUCUGUCAGUGACUCAUACGCGGAAUGCCUGCGUGUUUCCUUGACAAGGAUCAUCAUCCAAAUGCGACUUAAACUCCGGCAUAGGCGGUUCGAGGCACAUAUAUCGAUAAGCUCUGGCAUAUCUUUCAGUCGAACAAGCAAUGGCCUCCGGAUCACCCAUCAUCAGCUUUUUCCUGCUAUCACUGGCUCUCGUGGCAAACGCAGCUGAUCCAGAUCCAGUUCUCGACUUCUGCGUCGCCAACAACAGCAGCAGCGGCUCCUCGGGAUCAUGCAGAAAUCCUUCGGCAGUCACCGGCCAGGACUUCGUGUCCGAGAUCCUCAGGAACAUGAACAACACGCAGGGUCCAAACACCUUCAACGCAACUCUGGCGUCAGUUUCAACGUUUCCGGGCCUCAACACGAUGGGUCUCUCGAUCGCGAGGGUCGACUUUGGCGUCGGGGGUGUGGUUCCGACUCACGUCCAUCCCAGAGCAUCGGAGCUCGUCUACGUCGCGGAGGGGACAAUCUCGGCCGGAUUCGUGGACACCAACAACGUUUUGUUUGCUCGGACGCUCCAGAGAGGUGACUUGAUCAUCAUUCCCAGGGGUCUGCUCCACUACCUGUACAACGUUGGCAGUGAGCCUGCUAUUGCGUUUGUGGUGUAUAACAGCCAGGAGGCUGGACUCCAGCUGCUGGGGCCGAGCUUGUUUGGAUCAGAGAUCCCCACUCCAGUUCUUGCGUCGUCGCUGUCUCUCAAUGAGAGCACCAUCGCUGCCUUGCGAGGAAUCUAUGCUCCUUCCUCUUGAA